AUGGCUAGAACUGCUACUAGCGCUUGCAUCUCCAGAAGAACGGGUAGAAUAGAUUCUUCUAAGGCUUGCCAUUUUAAUAGUCUGGGUUUUAUGCUUUCCUUCUGUUCACCUCCUAAUUCAAGGUUGCUAGUCCCUGCCAAAGUCUUUUCAACGCCUUACGCCUCUUUGGCAACGGCCAACGAGCCUAUCCAACAGCUAGACAACUCGAUGACUAGUGAGUAA